AGCACGCCGAGUUUUGGCCAAAGGGCGCUGCGAGGAAGGCCGCCUCCGAGCGCCCGCCGGUCCUUUGGCGCGCCCUCCCCUCGGCGGGCCGCGGCUCCCUGGCGCGGGCGAGAUGGACACCUACUCGUCUCGGGCUUAAUACGCUCUUCUGCACCUUCGUCACGGUCCUCGGCACUACCGCGGCUCUGAACCAUAUGACCUCGUACCUCCCGGAGUUCGCCACGUCGUCCACGGGCGACAUCGCAUUGAACAAAGUCCAUGACCUCACCAUAAACACAUAUCUAAAAAUGGACCAAUGCAUGUUGUCAUUCGACAUUUCGCACAACUUGACGAGCGAGUUCAACUGGAACAUGAACCAGCUGUUCGUUUACGUUGUCGCUUCCUACAACAGCUCCUCCAACAAGAGAAACGAGGUCACCAUCUGGGAUCGGAUCGUGACCAACUCGCGCGAGGCGUAUUUGGUCGCGCAGAGCCUGAAGGUGGAAUACCCUCUCCGCGACCAAUAUCAGGAACUCCGCGGCAAGAAUGUCUUGCUGGAGGUGCGGUACCGCACGAUGCCAAUCACCGGCAUCAUGUACACGAAGCAGGUCGGCUCGCACGUGUUCCCUGUCAACACGGAGUACUUCCGCGACGAGUCCACCGUCCAGCAGAAACCCAAGAAGCGGUGACCAGGGAGAGCCGUGAGCGCGUGGCUCGUCAGAGCACGCGCCUCGACCUGCCAGCCGCGCCUCGCUGCCCUUUUCCACAUCUCACCCCCGGUCAUGUUGCCGUCGAAGGAUUGUGUCUAUGCCGAUGCUUCGUCUCCUUCCACUCCGACACCGCCGCCGGGGGGACCGCGCGGGGGUACGUCCCCCCUGCACCCCAGGCAGAGGGCCCUCGGCGAGAGGGCGUGGGUCACCAGCAGAGGGCCGGAGCGCGAGGGGCGAGCGGCAGGGGAGGGGCGCUCGCAGCAGGGGGGCGACGAGACACGCACACCGCCCCGCUCGGCUCCCCGGGCGCCCUCCCGCGCGCCCGCGCCGGCGCCUCCGGAGGGACGAGGCGCGCCGCGGCGGAGUGCCGGGCGAUCGCAGUGCCAAGCCAGGCGUGUCCCUCUACAGGGAGAGAGAGGGGGGGGGGUC